CUUCCUCUCCUUCUCUCUCUCCCUCUCCUUCUCCUGUUCCUACGUGGCCUCACCAUCACCUCCUCCUCCUCCUCCUCCUCCUCCUCCUCUGCGCGUAGCUCGUCAAUGGCGGCGGAGUCGUCGUCGUCGUCCUCCUCGCGCUUGCGCCCGCCCGUCGGAGACGAUCCCAACGACGUCGAGGAGUUCCCCCCUCCGGUGGAGGAGGCGGAGAUGGGGUUCUCGGCGGAGAAGUACUCCAAGGUGUUCGAUCUCGUGCGGAGUGGGAAUCGUGCCUUUCGGGGGAAGCGGUUCGAGGAGGCGAUAUCUUUCUACUCCAAAGCACAACUUCUCAAACCAGGUGAUCCUAUCAUUCUAAGCAAUCGAAGUAUGACCUUUUGCAGAAUUAAUCAAUUUCUGAGAGAGCGAUCUGCAACUGAGUCCGAGCAUCAAGCGUUGAACGGGUUAGAUCCUACAACACAUGCUGAGUUAGCACUCAAGGAUGCUGAGAAGGUCACAAAUGUUCGUAGUGAUUCACCCAAAUCAUAUUUUCUGAAAGCCAAUGCUCUUAUUCUGCUCGAGCGAUAUGAAGAGGCAAAGGAGGCCCUUCUUACUGGCCUUCAGGUUGACCCUUUUAGCCCUCUCCUGCAAAACUGUCUCCAGAAUUUGGAAAGGAUUACUACUGUUUCAGCUGAAAGAGUCAAGCGUCGGAAGGUAGAACGCACUGAUGAUUUCGAAUGUACACUAUGUCUGAAGCUAUUGUACGAACCAGUUACUACUCCAUGUGGGCAUUCUUUUUGUCGGUCUUGUUUGCAUCAGUCCAUGGAUCAUAGUAACAAGUGUCCUAUGUGCCGAACAGUUUUGUUCAUUAGUCCUAGAACGCAUCCUAUCAGUGUGACAUUGAACAACAUUAUUCAGAAGAAUUUUCCAGAAGAAUAUGCUGAGCGGAAGUCGGAGCAUGAAAAUAUGACAUACUUAGGGGUUGAUUUAAUGCCUUUAUUCGUCAUGGAUGUCGUCCUUCCCUGUCAAAAGUUGUCACUUAAUAUAUUCGAGCCUCGCUACAGAUUAAUGGUGAGGAGGGUUAUGGAAGGGAAUCAUCGCAUGGGAAUGGUGGCUAUUGAUCCUGCAACAGGUACUGUUGCUGAUUUUGCAUGUGAAGUGGAAAUUCUUGAGUGUGAGCCACUUCCUGAUGGACGAUUUUUUCUAGAGGUAGAAGGUCGUCGGCGGUUUCAUAUUUUACGAUCAUGGGACCAAGAUGGUUAUCGAGUUGCUGAAGUGGAAUGGGUUCAGGAUAUAAAACCACCUGAAGGGUCAGUGGAUAGAGAAGAUUUAAUACAGAUGGCUAAUGGUGCAGCAGAAAUGGCCAGGAUGUGGAUCAGGCGUGCAAAAGAAGCUACCAGAAUUGGUAGGAGAGCUAGGCACUCGGAACUUAUCGAAGCUGAAGGCAUGCCUGGACCACAGGAUCCUGAGAAAUUUAGUUUCUGGCUUCUCAACUUGUUAAACUUGAGGCCGUCCGAGAGGUUGGAACUAUUGCGUUUGAGAGAUACUCGCGAGAGGAUGCGUCGCGGUCUCAUUUUGCUCAGGGCCGAAGAGCAAGGUUGUCGAGUGCAAUAACAAGGAUGCAUGCCAUCUAGUUUUCUUUUCAGGAGCUUACGUUACAGGGAUAUACUUCAAUCAAAUUUUGUUAUUUCAGGAGCAUGAAAUGGCGGUGGUAACUAUAUUAUUUGAUACAUUUACACCAAUACGAAAUCAUUUGUGAAUGUGCUUACUUAUAACAUGAUUGGAAAAGAAAACUUGGUGAUUCAAUUAUGAUCAUAUCUUUUUUUAUGUUAAUAUUUUUUUUGAAUAAA